AUGGCCAAGCCAAACUACUCUAUUUGUCGGCUGCCAAUUACAUUUCUCGUCUGCCAAAAGAAAACCGAAAUCACAAAACGGACAACAUGCCCAGAUAAUGGAGCAGAACUCGUGCAUGACGGGUAUACAGCAGGUUCUCACUACACCCACAGUGGGGCGGCAGUAAAUUACCUCUGUUUGCCAAAAAACCCACCGUGGGCAAAGUACAAUGACGAUUUAAAUGACAAUCGGGCAUUUGUUUAUGGCGCUGAAUAUCAGUGUUUUGAUGAAUCUCCACAUACGCAUGACCAUGAUGUACCAUGUGCUGUUUGUAAAACCCCAAGAACACCUGUUAGAAUGAUUCCUGCCAGAAAUGAAUGUCACAACGGUUGGACUUUGGAAUACAGAGGGGUGCUAGUUGCUGGACAUCAUACGCAUCCUGCUGCAUCUGAAUACGUGUGUCUGGACGAAUCUCCGGAGAUCAUAACAGGUUGCAAUGCAGAUCAAAAUGGAAUUUUAAUGUUUUCUGUUGAAGGAAGAUGUGGUUCACUAAAAUGCCCACCAUAUAUAAACGGUCGAGAACUUACUUGCGCUGUUUGUUCCUAUGUUUCAUAUAAAAGUACGAGAGGUAACCAAAACAGGCAUUGGACGAGUGGGAAAUAAAUAUGAUUUAUAUUGUUAAUUUUGCUAAACAAAAAUUAAGAUUUCCUACAUUUAAUCCAGUUUGUUUGAAUAUUUAGGAUCAACUUUGCUAUACGACCGAAAUAUCGGCACUUCAAAAUAUAACUAGCUGUCAAAGGGAAAUAAGCAGAAGUUGGAUUUUAGCAAACGUUUUUCACGGUUGUUUUUCCCCGGUUUAACUUCUACAAAGUACAAUUGAUGAAAACGAGUCAUUGGUGCAAAUUACUAUUCAGAAAAGAAAUUUAUUCAGAUAUCAGUCUUUCGAUUUGUUGAACAAAUUAGUACAUUUCAAUAUUAAUAUAUAUUUAACCGUUACAAACGUAGCGGGGAACAAAACGCUAAAUUUCACAGACAGUAAUAUCAAUACCCUUGCUCAAAAAGGGACGACAACACUUUGUUAAUAAUUAUUAAAUUAAAUGCUCAUUAUCUCCCUUUUAUAUAAGCAGAAUACUAUAUUUGAAUAUAAACU